AUGAGCUCUAGCUACGCCUCGUUUGCGCCUUAUAUGCCUCCUCCAGACGACCCCACAUAUCCUACUCAGUCUCAGUCUACCUCAAAGAAACCUUCUCGUCCUUGGUUUCCAUCUCAACGGUCUGAGGAUACCUCGUAUCAGUCUGGUGGGGUACCUACUUUUAACAACUCGGUCUCUGGAGGCUAUGGUUCAUCCAAUGAGGCUGAAAGCCAACGGAGUCAAUGGGAGACACGGUUUGGGAUGAGGGUAGACCUUUUGGCAGCAUUUGCUUAUAUUCUUGGUCCUUUAUCCGCCCUCCUAGUGUUGAUAUUGGAAACUCAGAACGACUUUGUGCGAUUCCAUGGAUAUCAAAGUGCACUCCUUACAGGCCCGUUACUGCUCAUCAGAAUGUUGAUUUCGUUCUCACAAUUUUCGCCAUGGUUCCGGACCAUCUUCACUCUCUGUAUCAUCUGCUGCCAGGUCUACAUGGGGUUCGCUUUCCUCAUCUCCAAAUUCUGA